UCUUGUCAAAUCGAAACUAUCGCUAAUCAUUAUUUAAAUUUUUUUUAUUCGAUUUCUUAGUCAUUUGGAAGGCAAUUGUGGCCGGAUAUUUUUGUGAAUACGAAAAAAAUUGGUAAAGCGAUUUUGUUUGCAUCGAUCAAGAAUUUGGUGAAUUUUAAGUGACAUUAUAGCUGGUGACGAGGUUAACACGCCCAUUCAAACGACAAAAUAAUUCCCGAAGAAAUCCGUCCAACAUGAGAAAUUACACGAUAGUUAGCGCCGUUUUAUUCUGCAGCUUCAUAAAAAUUGCAACUUCGAUUAGUUGUUAUGUUUGCAAUGCCACCGAUUCGACAUCGCCGUUCCAGUGUGGCGAAUGGUUUGAACGCUACGAUACACCCGACAUUGUGCCACAAGAUUGCUCAAAUGUGUACGGCGCCAAAUAUUGCGUAAAGCAUAUCGGUCGCUUUGAAGCCAUUUCGAUAAAAUGCUAUCAAUGCUCAUCGGCUGAUACAAUAAACUGUGGUGAUUUGAUGAUUGCUCAGCCCGAUUCACCGCUGCAACCCGAAGAUUGUUCACAUGUGAUUGAUGCGAAAUAUUGUGUCAAAUCAACCGCACUCAAUGGUGGCAUUGGCGCUAAGCGGUUCUGUUCAUCCAAGGACUUGGGCAAUUAUUGCAAUUAUGUCGAGAAUAAGGGUGAUCGAAUGGAGUAUCGCUCGUGCAUUUUCACCUGUGACACAGACGGAUGCAAUCACUCAAAUCAUAUUACCUUGAAUCGAAUUGUGUUCGGUGCCUUCCUGACUAUUUUCUUCACCAUCAUCAAACUGUUUACAUAAACCAACACAUUUUUACGAAGAGUCUCAAUUAAAAAAAAAAAAGAAAAGUUACUUUUAUCUGUAGAUUUUUAGUAAAAUCC